AUGGCUGCUGAACUUCAAGCCCUUACAUGCACUAAAACCUGGAAGCUAGUUGAUUUACCUGUAGGGAAAAUUCCUACUGGCUGCAAGUGGGUAUACAAAAUAAAGCAUAGGUCUGAUGGUUCAAUAGAGAGGAACAAGGCUAGGCUUGUGGCCAAACGGUACACUCAAGUGAUUUCUAAGAUUGAUUUGGUCAAACAAAACCUUGAUUCUUUAUUCAAGAUUAAAUAUCUAGGUCCUUUGAAGUUUUUCUUAGGUCUUGAAAUUGUAAGGUCACAAAGAGGUAUUUCUUUAUGUCAAUGGAAAUACGCUUUAGAGCUUCUCUCAAACACGAGCUAUCUUACAGCUAAGCCUACUUCCACUCCCAUGGAUUCCCACCAUAAGUUUAACUCUCAUUCUGGAUCCCCAUUACCAGAUUCAAUUGUUUAUCGAAGAUUGGUAGCGAAACUUCUUUACCUCACAACGACAAGGCCCGACAUCACAUUCUCAGCCAACCACUUAUGUCAAUUUUUAUCCAAGCCUACCACAGUUCAUUUACAAGCACACCAUAGAAUACUGAGGUACAUCAAAUCAGCCCCAGGAAAAGGCCUUUUCUUCCCUACUUCUUCCUGCACUCUCAAAGCCUUCAGUGAUUCAGAUUGGGCAGGCUGUGUUGAUACUAGAAGAUCCAUCUCUAGCUUUAGUGUUUAUCUUGGAAAUUCCUUAAUCAGUUGGAAAUCUAAGAAACAACAAACUGUCUCUAGAUCAUCCUCUGAGGCUGAGUACAGAGCCCUUGCAGCAGUAACUUGUGAAGUCCAACAGUUAAAAUACAUGUUGACUGAGCUUUCUAUCCCACACCCUCAACCUAUUAUCAUUUACUGUGAUAACCAAUUAGCUAUACACAUUGCUGCCAACCCUACAUUCCAUGAGAGAACCAAGCAUAUUGAGCUUGAUUGCCAUAUUGUCAGGGAAAAAGUUAAUUCAGGUUUCAUUCACCUCCUUCCCAUCUCCUCCUCAACCAACUAG